AUGGCACGAAUCCUCAUCACAGGCUCUUCUGACGGCCUAGGUGCAGUCGCCGCCCGCACCCUCCUCAAAAACGGCCAUCAAGUCGUCAUUCACGCCCGCAACGCGCAGCGAGCUGAAGAUGCGAAGACCGCCGUGCCAGGCGCCGAGACAGUUCUCAUCGGUGAUCUCUCCAAGAUUGCAGAGAUCAAGAAACUCGCCGAAGACGCCAACAAACUGGGAACAUUCGACGUCGUCAUCCACAAUGCAGGUCUCUACCGCGGGCCGUAUCGCAAGACCGAUCUCGGACUGCCAAGCUUGACUGCAGUCAACGUCUUUGCGCCCUACAUUCUCACGUCCUUGAUACACAAGCCCAAGAGGAUUGUGUACAUCUCUUCCGGCCUGCACAAGAGCGGCGACACUAGCUUCACUGAUCCUACGUGGCGCGAGCGCGGUGAGGGAGGCUGGAAUGAGAAUCAGGCGUAA